AUGACCGAUCUCACGUUCUGCUACCUCCACAUGACUCGUCACGACAUCGAGGUGCUCGACACCAUCGGCACCCCUGACUAUCUCAACGGCGAUCUAUGCGCGGACGACAUCGAUAUGCCGGCACACCUCAGACCCCCGAACCCUGAGGAGUCCGAAGUACUCCCCUCGCAGGUGCACCCCUCCUACCCGUACGGGAACCCGAUGAGCGUCAAGCACCCCGCCGCGCUUCCGAGGCGACCGUACGACCCGACCUCGCGCGCGCUUUUCGAGGACAUGGGCUACGGCGGUGGCGGCGUGAACGGCUCCAUCCGCUGGAAGGACCUCGCGCUCACGCUCCUCUUCCCCGUCGACUCCGCGCGCGAGGACGCGGACAAGGCCGCCCAGGCGCGCCAGAUGGCGAGUGGCACGGCCAGCAACCAGCAGCAGCCACAGCAGCAGCAGCAAGUGCCUCCGCAGCAGCAGCAGGUGCCUCCCCCGAACCAGCAGAUAGUGGCGGCGAACAACGUAACCGAAGAUGAAGAAGACAACGGAACUCUAGAAGCCGAUGACGACGAGACGGAAGACGUCGACGACGAAGACCCGUAG